GUCCAAGUGUCGGGCUUGCGCACCAUCCUAUCUGUGCGCACACCCUGUUUGUGCGCGUCCCUGCACUCAAUUGGAGUCCGGUGAAGGAAGGGUUUAUUUGGCAGUUUGGAUUUCAUCUUCCUUCCAGCUAACUCGCUACUUUCUCGAAACAUAAACAGCGAUGAAGCAUAGGUGUUUGAUCGAUUAAAGGGAGGGAGAUGUCGAAGAUACUCUCCAAGUUACGGGGUUUCUUCAGCUCCCGUACAAUGGUGGGCGUUGACAAGGCUGGGAACCGCUACUUCACUCGGAAGGAGGAGAUCGAUGGAGCCAUGAAGGAGAAAAGAUGGGUGGUUUUCAAAGGUGAAGAGGACCCCACUUCCAUUCCAGUUGAGUGGAUAUGCUGGUUGAAUGGCCAAAGAAAGAAAGCUCCAACUCCGGAGGACUUGAAGAUAGGAAGGACGAUUGGUUUCGAUUUUGAGUCCUAUGGUUUGUAUCGGUUGUUUGGAUCACCAAUGUGUAGUUGCUGCUACGUCUGUUCAAAUUCACAACCGGAGAUGAUUGAGUUGGAGGCAAGGCGUGAACAUGUUAGACAAAAUGUUGCAUUUCUGAAGAAGAAAGAAGAAGAGGAAAGAAAGUCCCUUGGUGGCGGUAUUCGUCAAAGGAAGACCAUUAGUAAAGGUGGAUCUCUGGACCUUAAAAGUUUCAUUCAGCAAUUUCCCAGUGCUUCCUUUGAUCAUAAUAGAGGAUUUGAGGAAGUAUCUGAUGAAAUUGAUGGUACCAAAAACAAAGACAGAUUCAUUAUUGUGUUAUGGCUUACAAUCCAUAGCAUCCAGGCCCUCGAGGUCGUAGUAUUCUUUCAUUACAGGAGAUCCAUCGAUCAUAGAUCAUAUUAGAUGUCAAUGUAAGCAUUUCAUUCCUAGUCUUAAUAUUUAUAAUUUUAUAAAGAGAAUCUUGUUAAAGUCAUAUACAUUAUCUAAUUAUUUUAUCUUAUUGUAGGAGUCCAGACAUUUUCGAUUACGACGAGUCGAUGGUGAUUUAUGGAGGAUAGAGAACCUCCUAGGUAGAGUUGUGGAUUACUUACGAUAUCUAAAGUUCUAUGGUAUGUAUAGGAUUGGUCGGAUACAGUUGGAUGUUGGUCUUAUUACUGUCUUGCUUGAGAGAUGGCAUCCAGAGACAUAUAUUUCACUUUCCAUUCGGUGAGGUGACCAUCACGUUAUAGGAUGUUAGUAUCCUCACCGGACUACCAGUUGAUGGUGAUGUAGUUACAGGAGUUGAUCCCAUACUUAGCAUUCAGAAUGGCAGGCUAUGUACUUUCGAUUAUUAGGGUUUGAGCUCGAGGCCAAGUUCUUUGAUUAUUUAUGACUGAAGAUAGAGUGUUUGGAUGCUCACCAUCAACAUUUGCACAUUGGAGAUGAUGCACCAGAGGAGAUGGUAUAAUAGUAUGUUAGGGGUCAGGUAUUGCGAUUGCUAAGAAAUACUCUUUUGCUUGAUACUAUAUCUAAUAAGAUGAAGUUGAUGUUUUUA